UGAAAUUAAGAUUCCCUGGACCUAACUACACCAUACUCCAUCACUCACCGGAUAACCUCCGUCGUCUUCCGCCGCAAUUUCUCUCUUUCUCCAUGGCCGGCGUUAAUCUACAGCUCCGUCACGCUUACUCUAUUGCUCAAUUCGUUCCAACUAUUUCUUCUCCUCCUCCUCCUGCUCAACGAGUUCGGUUUGGAACUUCACCCUCUCGUGUUCUCUUCUGCAAUCUCCGAGCUAAUUCCGCCGCCGCUGCUCCAACCCUGAGAACCACCCGCCGUGAAGUAACCACUGCCGCGUCUUCCGUAUCCUCAGCCGUCGAUUCGGAUUCGCUGGUGGAAGAUCGCAAUGACGGAGGCAGGAUCCCGUUGCUUGAGGUUAAGGAUUUGAGAGCUGUGAUUGCUGAAUCGAGGCAAGAGAUACUAAAAGGCGUCAAUUUGGUGGUCUACGAAGGAGAGGUUCACGCAGUGAUGGGGAAGAACGGUUCAGGGAAGAGCACAUUUUCCAAGGUUCUUGUUGGCCAUCCUGAUUAUGAAGUGACUGGAGGGAGUAUUGUGUUUAAAGGGCAGAAUCUACUUGAUAUGGAACCAGAGGAAAGAUCUCUUGCUGGUCUCUUCAUGAGUUUCCAGUCUCCAGUUGAGAUCCCUGGUGUUAGCAAUAUGGAUUUCUUGAAUAUGGCAUUCAAUGCCCGUAAAAGAAAGCUCGGUCAGCCAGAGCUUGAUCCAAUCCAGUUCUACAGCCACUUAGUGUCAAAACUUGAAGUUGUGAAUAUGAAGACCGAUUUUCUCAACAGAAAUGUCAAUGAAGGAUUUAGUGGCGGUGAAAGGAAACGCAACGAGAUUCUACAGUUAGCGGUCCUUGGAGCCGAGUUGGCUAUACUGGACGAGAUUGAUUCGGGGUUGGAUGUUGAUGCUCUUCAGGAUGUGGCAAAGGCGGUGAAUGGACUUUUGACACCAAAAAACUCUGUUUUGAUGAUAACCCACUAUCAACGCCUACUUGACUACAUCAAACCAACUCUCAUACACAUCAUGGAGAAUGGAAGAAUCAUAAAAACCGGAGACAACACCUUGGCUAAAUUACUGGAAAAGGAAGGCUACAAAGCGAUAUCCGGUUAGUUAUCGCAGAUCAUUCAUAAUCUGUCUUCCUUCUUUGAGAGACCAUGGCUAUAUAUAUGGGUCAGAGACGAUGGGAGCUAAAAGCUGAUGAUUGGAAAAUCAAAAAUUUCACUACAAUCUUUGACCCGGAGGUUUUUUUUGGCAUCAUUGGUUUGCAUGAGAAACUACUUCAUUGGGUAUCCGUUUUGUUCUGAACAGUUCUUACAUACCUUUUUUUUUUCUUGUAACUAACAAACUAUAAAUUCAGUUAAUAAUCCACUAUGUUCUAAAUUA